UUAUCUAUAUAAGCACCCUACUCGCAAACUUAUGGUUAUCCCCCUUCCACAAAGGUAUCCAUCGUCGAUAGCACUGAAUAAUUAUUCUGCUAUAUAUCCCGCACUUCCCAUCACAAUACACGAGCUAAUUUAAAUGGCGAUUGUUGAGAGGCAUGGUCCUUAUGGUUCUUCUUGCCAACCAAAUUGGUGUUUGCAACUUAAUCGAUGUGAACGCAUCGUCGAGGUCAUAAUAAGUUGUGGAUUUAUCGUUGAUGGAAUUGGGUUUGUAAUAUCUGAUCCAUGCGGAAACAGGUACACCAAAUGGUUCGGUGGCCGGGGAGGGAACGGUUGCACGACUAGGUUAAGGUGUAACGAAUAUAUAACAAAAAUCAGCGGGACUUAUGGAAAUUAUUCAUAUUGUUGUUAUCGCGUCAUUGCCUCAUUGAAAAUACACACAAAUUGUUGUCCCUCUGGAUAUGGACCAUUUGGACAAGGCAGGAGUUGUAACAAUGUUUGCGGUUUCUCAACCUCGGCACAACCAUGUGGUUCGAUUGUUGGUUUUUUUGGAAAAAGCGGACAAUAUCUUGAAUCCAUUGGAACUUGUGUGAGAAGGGGGUAAUGUGAUGUUGUGUUGAGAUCUAUAUUCAACAAGAAAGAGAUGUUGCUAAGGGGUUUCUCAGAUAUAUAGCACGUGUUUGUGGGAUUUGAUUAUGUUUUUUGUUCAUAAUAUUCUUCUUUAAUUUCCAUUUCAUAUGUAUGAGUGUCAUUAUUUAAGUCAAGUGUAUCUUUAAUUUUUGAGGUUUAUUGUGAUCAAUAAAGGUUUCUCAAUUCUGAAAGUGAA